AUGAGACGCCUGGGACGGAUUGGGCACUGUGCACAGGAUGGGCUGAAAAGUGAAGUAGGAGAGCUGGCACUAUCAAGUUACCCGUAUCCCAAAGUGGUGAUCACUCGCUACUCGUUCGGCUUGGAGUCGUGCAGAAGUGACAUGCCACCAUUGUUGUUGGUCUCAAAAAAGAAUCUUAUCUGGUGUUCCGUACUUGCCACUUACGUCUUGUUAGCCGAGGCGAUACAAUGCUAUACAGAUGACCAGACAGAGCAGAACUAUAUCUCCAAGGCAGGUCCAGAAGAGAAGCGUGUUCUUAAGCAUUUUCUGAAGAAGAGAGCUGCCGUGUCCGACGCUAACAUCACAUCCAUACCAGAUCCAAUCACCUCAUUAUCAGAAGUAACAGCAAGCGUAGCAGUCAGUUCUGAAGGAGCAUCAGCAAACGUGGCAGCUUCUACCACCACUAUUACUACUAUUGAGACUUCCAAGAACGAAUCAGUUACCCUUGAGGCUUCCGAGAGCGAAACAACUAUUACAACUAUGGCAUCUGAGAGCGAAGCAGUUACUGAAAAUAGUGGCUCAAUCGGGGAUUCGGAGACUGUCACAACUGCAAGGCAACAGUUAGAGCGAGGUAUAGCAGAUGAUAGCGAAACGACAACGAAAGAAGUGAAGAAGGAUGCUACUACACCGCAUGGACAUAGUAUGCUCCUGAUUAUUAUAUUGGGCAUCAUAUGUGUAGUUCUCGUACUUGCCAUUAUUGCUCUCAUUCCAUGUGCGGUUGGAGGAGGUAAUAAGAAAGAAGUCAAGGCUCCUUCUGUCCGCAUGGAACGCAAAAGACGGUUGGAUACUGAAGAAAAAUCAUUUUCUCUCUCGAGGUCACAACGACGCUUUGUUGAUUACGAUGACCUCUUUGAGAACAACCACGCUGACGAUAUCCAUUGGAGGCAGGAAUAG